AUGGGCGAGCAGUCAUAUGGGCGAGCAGUCAUAUGGGCGAGCAGUCAUAUGGGCGAGCAGUCAUAUGGGCGAGCAGUCAUAUGGGCGAGCAGUCAUAUGGGCGAGCAGUCAUAUGGGCGAGCAGUCAUAUGGGCGAGCAGUCAUAUGGGCGAGCAGUCAUAUGGGCGAGCAGUCAUAUGGGCGAGCAGUCAUAUGGGCGAGCAGUCAUAUGGGCGAGCAGUCAUAUGGGCGAGCAGUCAUAUGGGCGAGCAGUCAUAUGGGCGAGCAGUCAUAUGGGCGAGCAGUCAUAUGGGCGAGCAGUCAUAUGGGCGAGCAGUCAUAUGGGCGAGCAGUCAUAUGGGCGAGCAGUCAUAUGGGCGAGCAGUCAUAUGGGCGAGCAGUCAUAUGGGCGAGCAGUCAUAUGGGCGAGCAGUCAUAUGGGCGAGCAGUCAUAUGGGCGAGCAGUCAUAUGGGCGAGCAGUCAUAUGGGCGAGCAGUCAUAUGGGCGAGCAGUCAUAUGGGCGAGCAGUCAUAUGGGCGAGCAGUCAUAUGGGCGAGCAGUCAUAUGGGCGAGCAGUCAUAUGGGCGAGCAGUCAUAUGGGCGAGCAGUCAUAUGGGCGAGCAGUCAUAUGGGCGAGCAGUCAUAUGGGCGAGCAGUCAUAUGGGCGAGCAGUCAUAUGGGCGAGCAGUCAUAUGGGCGAGCAGUCAUAUGGGCGAGCAGUCAUAUGGGCGAGCAGUCAUAUGGGCGAGCAGUCAUAUGGGCGAGCAGUCAUAUGGGCGAGCAGUCAUAUGGGCGAGCAGUCAUAUGGGCGAGCAGUCAUAUGGGCGAGCAGUCAUAUGGGCGAGCAGUCAUAUGGGCGAGCAGUCAUAUGGGCGAGCAGUCAUAUGGGCGAGCAGUCAUAUGGGCGAGCAGUCAUAUGGGCGAGCAGUCAUAUGGGCGAGCAGUCAUAUGGGCGAGCAGUCAUAUGGGCGAGCAGUCAUAUGGGCGAGCAGUCAUAUGGGCGAGCAGUCAUAUGGGCGAGCAGUCAUAUGGGCGAGCAGUCAUAUGGCGAGCAGUCAUAUGGGCGAGCAGUCAUAUGGGCGAGCAGUCAUAUGGGCGAGCAGUCAUAUGGGCGAGCAGUCAUAUGGGCGAGCAGUCAUAUGGGCGAGCAGUCAUAUGGGCGAGCAGUCAUAUGGGCGAGCAGUCAUAUGGGCGAGCAGUCAUAUGGGCGAGCAGUCAUAUGGGCGAGCAGUCAUAUGGGCGAGCAGUCAUAUGGGCGAGCAGUCAUAUGGGCGAGCAGUCAUAUGGGCGAGCAGUCAUAUGGGCGAGCAGUCUAUGGGCGAGCAGUCAUAUGGGCGAGCAGUCAUAUGGGCGAGCAGUCAUAUGGGCGAGCAGUCAUAUGGGCGAGCAGUCAUAUGGGCGAGCAGUCAUAUGGGCGAGCAGUCAUAUGGGCGAGCAGUCAUAUGGGCGAGCAGUCAUAUGGGCGAGCAGUCAUAUGGGCGAGCAGUCAUAUGGGCGAGCAGUCAUAUGGGCGAGCAGUCAUAUGGGCGAGCAGUCAUAUGGGCGAGCAGUCAUAUGGGCGAGCAGUCAUAUGGGCGAGCAGUCAUAUGGGCGAGCAGUCAUAUGGGCGAGCAGUCAUAUGGGCGAGCAGUCAUAUGGGCGAGCAGUCAUAUGGGCGAGCAGUCAUAUGGGCGAGCAGUCAUAUGGGCGAGCAGUCAUAUGGGCGAGCAGUCAUAUGGGCGAGCAGUCAUAUGGGCGAGCAGUCAUAUGGGCGAGCAGUCAUAUGGGCGAGCAGUCAUAUGGGCGAGCAGUCAUAUGGGCGAGCAGUCAUAUGGGCGAGCAGUCAUAUGGGCGAGCAGUCAUAUGGGCGAGCAGUCAUAUGGGCGAGCAGUCAUAUGGGCGAGCAGUCAUAUGGGCGAGCAGUCAUAUGGGCGAGCAGUCAUAUGGGCGAGCAGUCAUAUGGGCGAGCAGUCAUAUGGGCGAGCAGUCAUAUGGGCGAGCAGUCAUAUGGGCGAGCAGUCAUAUGGGCGAGCAGUCAUAUGGGCGAGCAGUCAUAUGGGCGAGCAGUCAUAUGGGCGAGCAGUCAUAUGGGCGAGCAGUCAUAUGGGCGAGCAGUCAUAUGGGCGAGCAGUCAUAUGGGCGAGCAGUCAUAUGGGCGAGCAGUCAUAUGGGCGAGCAGUCAUAUGGGCGAGCAGUCAUAUGGGCGAGCAGUCAUAUGGGCGAGCAGUCAUAUGGGCGAGCAGUCAUAUGGGCGAGCAGUCAUAUGGGCGAGCAGUCAUAUGGGCGAGCAGUCAUAUGGGGGCGAGCAGUCAUAUGGGCGAGCAGUCAUAUGGGCGAGCAGUCAUAUGGGCGAGCAGUCAUAUGGGCGAGCAGUCAUAUGGGCGAGCAGUCAUAUGGGCGAGCAGUCAUAUGGGCGAGCAGUCAUAUGGGCGAGCAGUCAUAUGGGCGAGCAGUCAUAUGGGCGAGCAGUCAUAUGGGCGAGCAGUCAUAUGGGCGAGCAGUCAUAUGGGCGAGCAGUCAUAUGGGCGAGCAGUCAUAUGGGCGAGCAGUCAUAUGGGCGAGCAGUCAUAUGGGCGAGCAGUCAUAUGGGCGAGCAGUCAUAUGGGCGAGCAGUCAUAUGGGCGAGCAGUCAUAUGGGCGAGCAGUCAUAUGGGCGAGCAGUCAUAUGGGCGAGCAGUCAUAUGGGCGAGCAGUCAUAUGGGCGAGCAGUCAUAUGGGCGAGCAGUCAUAUGGGCGAGCAGUCAUAUGGGCGAGCAGUCAUAUGGGCGAGCAGUCAUAUGGGCGAGCAGUCAUAUGGGCGAGCAGUCAUAUGGGCGAGCAGUCAUAUGGGCGAGCAGUCAUAUGGGCGAGCAGUCAUAUGGGCGAGCAGUCAUAUGGGCGAGCAGUCAUAUGGGCGAGCAGUCAUAUGGGCGAGCAGUCAUAUGGGCGAGCAGUCAUAUGGGCGAGCAGUCAUAUGGGCGAGCAGUCAUAUGGGCGAGCAGUCAUAUGGGCGAGCAGUCAUAUGGGCGAGCAGUCAUAUGGGCGAGCAGUCAUAUGGGCGAGCAGUCAUAUGGGCGAGCAGUCAUAUGGGCGAGCAGUCAUAUGGGCGAGCAGUCAUAUGGGCGAGCAGUCAUAUGGGCGAGCAGUCAUAUGGGCGAGCAGUCAUAUGGGCGAGCAGUCAUAUGGGCGAGCAGUCAUAUGGGCGAGCAGUCAUAUGGGCGAGCAGUCAUAUGGGCGAGCAGUCAUAUGGGCGAGCAGUCAUAUGGGCGAGCAGUCAUAUGGGCGAGCAGUCAUAUGGGCGAGCAGUCAUAUGGGCGAGCAGUCAUAUGGGCGAGCAGUCAUAUGGGCGAGCAGUCAUAUGGGCGAGCAGUCAUAUGGGCGAGCAGUCAUAUGGGCGAGCAGUCAUAUGGGCGAGCAGUCAUAUGGGCGAGCAGUCAUAUGGGCGAGCAGUCAUAUGGGCGAGCAGUCAUAUGGGCGAGCAGUCAUAUGGGCGAGCAGUCAUAUGGGCGAGCAGUCAUAUGGGCGAGCAGUCAUAUGGGCGAGCAGUCAUAUGGGCGAGCAGUCAUAUGGGCGAGCAGUCAUAUGGGCGAGCAGUCAUAUGGGCGAGCAGUCAUAUGAGUGGGCAUGCAGAAGCACCAGGCGCAGCAUGGCGGCAGCAGAAAGGCUGUUUGACCACGUGGUGGGCAAGCACCAGGCGCCCCAAAGCCCCCAUACCCCGCACACUCCUCCCCCCUCUUCUCCCCCCCACCCACGUUUCUUCCCACACGGCAUGGCAGAGGCGCAGCAUGGCGGCAGCAGAGAGGCUGUUUGACCACGUGGUGGCGAAGCACCAGGCGCCCGAGUUUGACGCCGUGCUUGACUUCAUGCGCGCCCUAAGGCGUCGACAAACUCCCAAGACCGAUCAGCGGUGGUUGCUGGUCCAAGGUCUGAUCAAGCGGCGGCGGAACAUCCGAGGGAUGUGGAUGAAGGGAAUGCAGGCUGAAGGCCAUGAGCAUGAGUCACGGCUAUCGGUGGAAGAGGAUGAGGUGUGA